AUGGAUUCUUCUUCCCAUAACAAUGUAGAUGAAGAAUUUGAUCAAAUGUUUGAUGAUGCAUUUGAUCAACAGUUCGAUCAAAUUUUCGAUCAAACUUUCGAAAAUUUAAUGAUUCAUGGUGAUGAAGAAGACGCAAGGAAAAAAAGAAAAAAACGAGCCUUUAUCGAAAGAAACCGAGAAGAAGGUCAUGUACGUCUAUGGAAUGAUUAUUUCAGUGAAACUCCGACGUAUCCUGAAAAUUUUUUCCGACGACGGUUUAGAAUGAACAAGCCUUUGUUCAUGCGCAUUGUUGAUCGACUCUCCAAUGAAGUUCCAUACUUUCGCCAAAAAAAAGAUGCUCUUGGAAGGCUUGGUCUCUCUUCACUCCAAAAGUGUACAACAGCUAUUCGUGUCUUGGCAUAUGGUAUUGCGGCUGAUACGGUCGAUGAAUACCUACGUCUCGGUGAAACCACGACUCGUAAAUGUUUGGAACAUUUUGUGGAAGGAAUAAUAAAUUUAUUCAGCGAUGAGUACCUACGAAGACCAACACUGGCUGAUCUACAACGUCUACUUUAUAUUGGAGAGUAUCGUGGAUUUCCCGGUAUGAUAGGCAGCAUCGAUUGUAUGCAUUGGGAGUGGAAGAAUUGUCCCACUGCUUGGAAAGGGCAAUAUUCUCGUGGCUCGGGAAAACCAACAAUAGUUUUAGAGGCGGUUGCUUCAUACGAUCUCUGGAUAUGGCACGCGUUUUUUGGACCACCAGGUACCUUAAACGAUAUCAAUGUUCUUGAUCGCUCACCUGUUUUUGAUGACAUAAUAAAGGGUCAUGCUCCGGCAGUCACUUACUAUGUCAAUGGAAGAGAGUAUCAUCUGGCUUACUAUCUCACCGAUGGUAUUUAUCCGAAAUGGGCAACUUUUAUCCAAUCUAUUCCAUUGCCACAAGGGCCGAAAGCAGUUUUAUUUGCUCAACAUCAAGAAGCUGUCCGAAAAGAUGUCGAGCGUGCUUUUGGAGUCUUGCAAUCUCGCUUUGUCAUCGCUAAAAACCCAUCACUUUUUUGGGAUAAAAUCAAAAUUGGGAGGAUUAUGCGAGCAUGUAUCAUACUCCAUAAUAUGAUAGUAGAAGACGAACGAGAUGGAUACUCUCUAUUUAAUAUCCAACCUAAGUUAACCCACCCGAUCCAAGCCCAAUCGGGUCUAACCCGGGUACCUUCCUCCCCUUAA